GAAGAGAAAGUGAAAGAGAUGCAUUUGUAACGUGAAGCAGCAUUCUGGCUUAUAUAGAUUUUACAUUUCCAUUACAAAUGGGAUUGAGCCUCCCUUUUUGUUUCAUUUUUUAUUAAUUUAAUUUCUGAAGGAAGAAGGCUUUAUGAAAUCACCAUGUCUGUAUCCCCCUCUAAUAAUAUUCACAUUUACAGUAUGAUACAAAUCAAAUUUACAGCACAUCAGAGGGGGUUCUAGGGGACACCAAUGGGUGUAUUGUUUUUGUCCAUUUGCCAUCUUGUUUCAAGAUGAUGGUCAUUCAUAGUAUAAACAAUACCACUUUGUAACUCAUGUGUUGAUGGAUAAAAACCAAAUUCAUAGUAAAUGGGAGGGGUCCUAAGGGACUCUGAUGGGAUUUUUUUUUUUGGCCAGUUCUCCAUCUUGCUUCAAGCUGGUGACCCUUCAAAAUAUGGGGGGGGACCCUUUUAACUCAUGUGCUGACAAUAGGAAACAGAUCACAUUAACAACACACUGGAAGGGGUCCUAUAUAGUCAUAGUGUCUAUGAUAAGUGGAAAGUUGACUUGAUUAGUUCUGUUUGGAACUACUUGUUGAGAUUGAGGUGGUCGUAGGAUAAACGCAUGGUUACCAUAUUAACACAGCAGAUUGUUAGAUUGGAAAGCUAGAGUUGGUGUUAGUGUUCACUAAUUAGCUUCCUGUGUCCUAAUUACAAUUACAUUUAAGAAUUGUAAUUAUUUUGAGAACAAAAUUAAUUUGUAUUCUCAACUCCUUAAAUCGUUUGUGAUGAUAGUGCAGACUUUAAACUCCCACUUUCCAUAGCACUGCUUGCCCUCAUUCCUCCUUAACUGUUAUGACUGUGCAACAGUAGCCCCUCUUGUAACAGAAUGCAAGGAAGCAUUGACGGUCCACAGUAACACUGCGGCAGGAUAGGGAUGGAGGAGAGGAAUCAACCCUUCCACAGAAGCUCAGCUGAGUAGAAUUUGGACAAUCUGUUCCACUACAUCAUUGAUAUUCAAUGGAUUAACAAAAGUCUCUCCAGCUGAAGGAAAGGGUGAAAUUCUUCCUCCAACCAUACAGAAAAUAAUGAAAGGAUAUAACAAGUAUCUGCGCCCAUUUUUUGACAAUGGCCCUGUCUCAGUGGGAAUGAGUAUGGAUAUAGCAAGCAUUGACACAAUAUCAGAAAUAAACAUGGAUUACACAGCUACUAUAUUCCUAAGACAACGAUGGACUGAUGAACGCCUUUGCUUUGAGGGUAAUAAGAGCUUAAGCUUAGAUGGCCGCCUUGUAGAAAUGCUUUGGGUACCUGACACCUUUAUAGUGGACUCAAAAAAGUCUUUUCUUCACGAUAUCACUGUUGAAAACCGUCUAAUAAGAAUAUAUCCCAAUGGAACAGUCCUUUAUGCCAUACGGAUAACGACAACAGUUGCAUGUAGUAUGGAUUUGACUAAAUACCCAAUGGACAAACAGACGUGUAUGUUGCAACUGGAAAGCUGGGGUUAUAACAUUAAUGAUGUCAUGUUUUACUGGACAAGAGGAAAUGACUCCGUCAAAGGACUGGAUACCCUUCGAUUGGCACAGUACACAGUAGAAGACCAUUAUACCUCUGUAUCUGAAGCUGUCUAUGAAACAGGACACUAUCCAAAGCUAGUCUUCCACUUUGAGCUCAAGAGGAACAUUCUGUACUUUAUUCUUGAGACAUAUGUACCGUCUAGCUUACUGGUUGUUCUCUCCUGGGUGUCAUUUUGGAUAAGCCAGUCAUCAGUUCCAGCCAGAAUCUGCAUAGGUGUUACAACAGUACUUACCAUGACAACACUUAUGAUGGGAGCCAGGACAUCACUUCCAAAUGCUAAUUGCUUCAUCAAGGCAAUUGAUGUAUAUCUGGGUAUUUGCUUUAGUUUCAUCUUUGGAGCUUUGUUGGAGUAUGCUGUGGCUCAUUUCUGCACCUUGAAUCGAUCUGGUGUGAAGAAACUUACAAAGUUCCAGGCUCUGCCAGACCCAGUCAUCCGCUGUAGUUUGUUGGAGGAAGAUGAAGAGGCUGAGGAGGAGAUCAAUGGAGUCCUGUCAGCAAUCGCCAACAGUUGCAAGGCUGAUAAGAUUAACAAGGCUGACUCAGACAAGCUCACCAAAAUCUCCAGUGGCAGAAAAGAGGAGAAAAGUAAACACAGCAGGUGUCACUCACCAAUGACAGUGAUGAAAAGACUCUUCUGUAUAUUUGACUGCUUCCAUAUUAAAAACCCAUAUCACAUAGACAAUUAUGCCCGGCUUUCUUUCCCAUUAUCAUUUAUCAUAAUAAAUGUUUUUUAUUGGGUAUAUUAUUUGUAUUUCUAAGCUUUUAAAAUCUCUCAUUAGAAGGUGUGAUGAGUAUAGCAAGCAGCGAAGGGAAGGUACGCUGACUUUUGUCAGAGAAAAGCUUUUACUCUGCCAUGCAUUAGGAUAUCAAAAGCAGGCUGUCAUUUUAUUGAGUAGUAUUUCUAUUCUGGUUAAAUUACUGUCCAUCUGUUAAAACUACUGUAGUAUAAAAUCUGUUGCUGGUCAUCUGUUAAAUGACUGUAUUUUAAAGUUGACCUCAUUUUUAGCAUGCCUGAAACUCUUAUUUGUAACAUCUACUGGAUGGCAGAAAACACUUUUUUUUAAAAAAAAAAUUUACUUGUAAAACUUUGUAAAAUGAGACUUGCAUAACCCCAGUUUCUGGGCUGUGUUGAAUAUGUUUAAAAAUAAAACCAAAAAGUGUUAUUUUUUCCUGUUAGACUCAAUAUCAUAUUCCCUUUGGCAUUGUCAAUAAUGCAUAGACUUUCAAGGACAUUAUGUAACAAAAGUGUAUCAGUGCCGAUUAAACGU